AAUGAUACACGGAAACGUGAAAUUCAUUUUGUUCCGGUGGGUCAGGUGCAGAGAGUUCUGGAACAUCAUUCAUUGCGCUAGAGGAAACGUCCGCCGAUGUCUUACUCAAGAAGGUCAAGAUACUCUCCAUCGCUGUCUCCUUAUGACAAGCGUCGUGGAAGGUCUGUCUCAAGGUCAUUGUCUAGAAGCCGGUCAAGGAGUUUCUCAAGCGAUGCUGAGAAUCCUGGUAACAGUUUAUAUGUAACUGGAUUGUCUCACCGGGUAACUGAAAGAGAUCUGGAGGAUCAUUUCGCUAAAGAAGGAAAGGUAACGGACGUUCACCUUGUCCUGGACCCAUGGACUAGAGAAUCUCGCGGAUUUGGUUUUAUCUCUAUGGAAAGUGUUGGUGAUGCUAACCGUUGCAUCAGAUAUCUAGAUCACUCUGUUCUGCAGGGCAGAGUCAUUACAGUUGAGAAGGCAAGGCGCCGUAGAGGGCGUACUCCAACUCCAGGAAAGUACUUGGGGCUGAGAACCGCUCGGGGACGCCAUAAGUCUCCUAGCUACUCUCCCUGCAGGUCUGUUAGCAGCUCUCGUAGUCGAAGCUACUCAUCUGAUCGGAGCAGAUCUUAUUCUCCAAGCUAUGGGAGGAGAGGAAGGUCUUCCUCAUCAUCAUCCUUUUAUAGGCGAGGCAGAUCUUACUCUCCUUCGAGAUCUCCAUCGCCUGUUGAUCGUUACUACAGGAGACGCGAGAGAUCAUACUCACCUUACUACAGGCGAAGAGACCGGUCCAGGUCCAGAUCCUACUCGCCUUACUAUAGAGCACGGGACAGAUCACCUUACUACAGACGGAGGUACAGGUCCAGAUCCAGGUCAUACUCGCCUUGCUACAGAGCACGUGACAGAUCAUACUCACCCUACUACAGAGGAAGAGACCGGUCCUAUUCACCUUACUACCAAGGGAGAGACAGGUCCUACUCACCUGAAAGUCGUCACUACAGAAGGUACAGGUCGGUAUCGAGAAGCGUAAGCCCUGGGAGGAGAAGCAUGUCAUGGAGCACAUCCCCAAAGAAGGGAAGGAAAGAGAGCAGAAGCAAGUCUCGCAGGCGCGACAGGCAAUCUUCAAUGAGUCAUUCGAGGAGCGCAAGAUCAAGCACCUCCAGAUCCGUCAGCCCAUAACAGUCUCUAGUUGACAUCAAUCACUCACGCCUGUUGUUGUAUUAAAUAUUUUGGGACACGUGUAUUCCUUGUAUUUGUGAAUUGAUGAUAGAAUGGUGCUGUACGGUUUGGUGUUUGAUGUUAGGAUUAUUAUCAGUUCUAUGUAAACGUUGCUUGGGCGACAUUUCUUCU